AAGGGAAUUACUGAGUAGUGUAGUGUCCUGUGUCCCGCCUUGGCUCCCGCAUUUUCAAAUUUAAACAAAGCUCUUUGUUCCUUGCCUCUGCAUUACCGUUGUUCUGUUAUAUCAUAUUGUUGCCUUCUCUCUCUGUCUUUAACAAUGGAGAUGGAAGUUGAAGAACAACCUCCAUGUCCUUCUCCAUCACCCUACAUGUUUUCCUCUUCGCUUUUCAAAGACAUUUCAAAUUUCAAAACCCCAAAACGUCCUUCUUCUCACAAACCCAACUUCCAUUCCCCUUCCACUCAAUUCUUCACCGCUUCCAAACAGACCCCUCGGACUUGUUCUUCCUCGUCUUUUCGCAGUCGGCCUUCUCUGGCUCCACCCUCCAACCGGAUCAAGACCGCUCGUAAACUCAAAGCCCUCGAAUUUGAACAGUCACAAUCCUCUCGUAAGACCCAGAUUGAGAGUGAACGCUCUCUGAAAUCGCUAGCCAAGUCCCUCAAUGUUUGGCUUAAUUUUCUGUUUGAAAAUCCGGCUUCGUGUGGCUGUUAUUUGUCGACCAAUGGCGGGAAUGGAGAUCAAAUUGACCAAGUCCCGGCUAAAGGGAAGAGAGAUAAUUAUCCGGGCAUGGGGGUUCGGGUUGACGCUGCGUGGCGGAACCCUAAGCGUCAGAGAGAUUUGUCAUGGCGAGCAGUGGAGGGCAAGGAUAAGGAAAAUGGGAUGAAGUUUUCGACUUCCGGGUGUUUGAGUCUUCAAUCUUCGUUGAAAGAUGUGUGUAGUUUGGAAGAUUUGAGGCAGCGAAUGCGGGUUUAUUUAAGCUUGGGCGGUUGCAAGGAGAUUUUUGAUGUUAUGACUCGGGUGUUCAAGCAUAUUGAUGAAGGGAGGUUGAAAAUGAAGGCACACUGCCCUUUAGUAACCGAUGUUGGUCUAAGAGAUAAAGCCAUCAGAACCCUUUUGUGUUACAAUCCAAUUUGGCUUCGUAUUGGCUUAUACAUUAUUCUCGGUGGAGAAUCUUUGUUGUCUGAGGGAGAUGUUAAAUUUGAUGAAGAAAUAGCAUUUUUGAGAAUGGUUAUUGAGAAACAGUUCUUUAUGCAUGCUGAUCUAGCAAAAUCAUAUGCUUAUAACAAGAUGGUUGAGGGUGUAUACAGGCCAGGGUAUUAUGAAGCUUUAGGAAGUGUUGUACUGAAGAGAUUUUUGUUGCUUGUUCUUGUUCUUGAUAGAGCUAAAAGUCAGAGCAGCCUGUCACUUGAGUAUGGUAUUGAUGGAGUUGAUGGAGGUUCCCCUUUAUUGUUUACAGCUCAAUCUACUUGUAAAUCAACUCGUCAGGUGAUCCAUGAUUUUUUGUCAUCGGAUAUUAUGCUUGGAGAAGGUAAUGUUCUUGCACAUCUGAUGAUAGUAGGGUACAAAGUAUCUUAUCAGCAGAAUCCUCUUGUCGAGUACGAUUUUCAAGUGAAAGAUUUAUUUGUUGAUCUUCAAGAUGGUGUCCGCCUCUGUAGAGCUACUCAGCUCUUGCUGGAUGACUCCUCCAUACUUACGAGAUUGGUAGUUCCAUCAGAUACUCGCAAGAAGUCUUUGGCAAAUUGUCGCGUUGUGCUGCAAUAUCUUAAGAAGGCCGGUGUAGCUUUAUGUGAUGAUGAUGGAGUGGAGAUUAUGGUAGAUGAUGUUACUGACGGCGAUAAGGAGUUAACUCUCUCCUUGCUUUGGAACAUGUUUGUUCAUUUGCAGCUUCCUCUUUUGAUGAAGAAAGCAGCGUUAAUUGAGGAAAUUUGCAAAAUUCGUGGACCUGAUAUGGAACACUUGAACACUUCCAGUACCACUCCUUUGGAAUUGUUAUUAAGUUGGAUUCAGGCAAUUUGUCAGAAGUAUGAUUGCAAGAUUGACAAUUUUUCAACUUUAGUUGAUGGGAAAGCCAUAUGGUGCUUACUUGAUUAUUAUUGUCGCAAGGAACUUUCUUGCUCAUGUUCAUUAAAGGAUUCUUGUAGAUCAAAUACAGAAGAGUCUAUUGUUUUAGUUGCUGAUUACCCAGAUGCAGUCCACAACUUUUUAUUAUCGCAGAAAUUGACAACUUUGUUGGGAAACUUUCCUGAGGUUCUACAAAUCAGCGACAUACUUGAAUUUAAUGGUGCAUGUAAUGAUAAGAGUGUAGUGAUCCUAUUGGUGUUCCUAGCAUCACAAUUAAUUGUCAAGAGAAAUAUGGAUCAACUGAAUUUUCAUAAACUCUUGGGUUGUAACUGUCAAAGUCCAGGGAGAAGGUAUUCUUGUGUGGAGCAGUGUAGUCCUGAAGUAGUACAAACCAAAGACAAUGCUCAUGGCCAAAAUGCUGAAGAUGCUGCAAGAAAAUUUAAAGCCAUCCAGGCUUGGUGGCAAGAUAUGACAGAGAGGAAUUAUCCUUCUGUUGCAAAACCAGCUGCAUCUAUUUUUCAGCAUUUAUCAGUAAACAUAGACAACACCAACUCUCAGAGAGAAAAUGCUGCCAAAAUCAUACAAUCUCACUUCAGGCGGGUGAUUCAGCGGCGCAACUUCUUAAAGAUGUUAAAUGCUGCUUCACUUUUGCAAAUUGUUUUUCGGGCUUUGUUAAUUGCGAGGAAUAAACCACCAUGCAUAAGUUUUACUUCUGUUCAAGUACAGGAAUCUCCGCGUGAAAAAUGGAAGCAGUCUGAAUACUGGAAGAGAUAUGCCCCAUUCAUUAUGGACAGGCAUCAUUUUGUCAAGCUAAGGAAGUCAGCAUUGUUUAUCCAGCACGUGGCCAGGAGUUGGAUUGCCCGGAGACAUUAUAGUCCUGAUAUUGUAAUUAGUGAUGUAGCAAAUCCUGAUCUAGUCAAUGCUUCCAUGAUCAUUCAAAAAUACCUUCGUGGGUGGUUAGCAAGGUCUAGGUACAUUCGUGGGGCUGUUCCAAUAGAGACACCUUUAUAUUCACACCUAGAGAAUGGUGCAUAUGAUCUUCAGAUGGUUUCAGCUGCUAAUGUUCACUUUGCUAUGGAGGAAUCUAAUUUUUGCAACUCUUUCCAAAAUCAACACUUUGCAGCAACCCAAAUUCAGAGUCAUUUUCGUGGUUGGUUGUUGAGAAGAAGUUUUCAAAGUCAAAGGCAAGCAAUAUUGAAAAUCCAAAGUGCUUUUCGAAUGUCUAGAUGUUUGAAGGCUUAUCUACAAAACAGAACUUUAAUUAAAUCAGCAACUAUUAUUCAAUCUUCUGUGCGUCGAUGGAUUUAUCUUAGGGAGGCUUGUAGACGGAGACAUCUCAUUGUUACAAUUCAGAGACAUUGUCGAGGUUGGUUGGUAAGAAGGAACUUCUUGUCCCAGAGAAGGGCUGUAUUAAUGAUUCAAAGUGCUAUUCGGGGUUUGAGAUGCCGCAAGGAAUUUUAUGGCCACAAAGAAGCUUGUAGGCGUAGGCAUAUCAUUGUUAUAAUUCAGAGACAUUGUCGAGGGUGGUUGGCAAGAAAGAACUUCUUGUCCCAGAGAAGGGCUGUAUUAAUGAUUCAAAGUGCUGUUCGAGGUUUGAGAUGCCGUAAGGAAUUUUAUGGCCACAGAGAAGCUUGUAGGCGUAUGCAUUUCAUUGUUACAAUUCAGCGACAUUGCCGAGGUUGGUUAGCAAGAAGGAACUUCUUGUCCCAGAGAAGGGCUGUAUUAAUGAUUCAAAGUGCUAUUCGAGGUUUGAGAUGCCGUAAGGAAUUUUAUGGCCACAGAGAAGCUUGUAGGCUUAUGCACAUCAUUGUUACAAUUCAGAGACAUUGUCGAGGAUGGUUGGCAAGAAGGGACUUCUUGUCCCAGAGAGGGGCUGUAUUAAUGAUUCAAAGUGCUAUUCGAGGUUUGAGAUGCCGUAAGGAAUUUUAUGGCCACAGAGAAGCUUUUAGGCGUAGGCAUAUUGUUACAAUUCAGAGACACUGUCGAGGUUGGUUGGUAAGGAGAAACUUCUUGUCUCAAAGAAAAGCUGUUUUGAUGAUUCAAAGUGUUAUUCGAGGUUUGAAAUACAGGAAGGUAUUUUAUUGCCAUAGAGAAGCUUACAGACUUAGGCAUCUCACUGUUACAAUUCAGAGACAUUGUCGAGGAUGGUUGGUAAGAAGAGAUUUCUUGUCCCUAAGAAGGGCUGUAAUAACGAUUCAAAGUGCUAUUCGAGGUCUGAAAUGCCGGAAGAUAUUUUACUGUCAAAGUCAGGCUAUCUCUAAAAUUCAACAUUUUGUCAGGGGCCACAUAACUCGGAAGAAGCUCAUAGGUGUUUCUUCCAAAUAUGCAGUCCUCCCUAGUGCUCAUCCGAGUUGUAAAGUAAACUUAGCUCUUUGUUCUGUUUUAAAAUUACAAAGAUGGUGGAGGGGUGUUUUGUCACAUAAACAUAAAACGAAGUCUGCAAUAAUAAUUCAGUCACAUGUUCGUGGUUGGAUUGUUAGGAAGAAUGCUACUAGAGAGAGGCAACAUAUCAUUCUGAUACAAUCCUACUGGAAGGGUUACCUUGCACGAAAAGAUUCGAGAGAACAACUACUGGACUUGCGCUUAAGGAUGCAAAAUACAGCCGCAAAUGUAGAUGAUGGCAUGCGCAUCAUAAACAGACUUAUAGCAGCACUCUCGGAAUUGUUGAGCAAGAAAAGCAUUAGUGGCAUUCUUCAUACUUGUGCAACUUUAGAUAUGGCUACACAGUACUCUCAAAAAUGCUGUGAGAAGCUUGUGGAAGCAGGAGCCAUUAACACUUUGCUGAAGCUUAUUCAAUCUGUCAGUCGAAGCAUACCCGAUCAGGAGGUUUUAAAGCAUGCACUCUCUACUCUUAGAAACCUUGCCCGCUAUCCCCAUCUGGUUGAAGUGAUAGUUGACUGUCAUGGAUUUAUAGAAACUAUUCUGUUGGAGAUGCUAAGAAACAAAGAGGAAGGAUAUUUUAUUGCUUCUGAACUAUUGAGGAAAGUAUGCUCAACUAGUAAGGGUAUUGAAGUCAUUCGUAAGAAACCCGCCUUCUUGAAAAGGCUACACAAUCUUGUUGAGGAACUUACCAGGAACAGGAAGGCAAUUAAGGAGAAGAGGAAUGUUCGAGGACCGAAUACGAAAGAACUAACAGAUAGAAGAUUAAAAGAGGCACUUAAUCUUCUCAAAAUGGCAACUUUAAAUGAAGAAUGAAUGGUGGUGGUGGUGGUGUUGUUGUAUAUUAUGUUGUGGGACACGGUCUAGUAAUCGAACAUGCACGUUCGAUUGAAAGGUAGUGUUUUUACAUGUUUUUUAGUCAGAAACUGAAUGAUGCUGCAGUUAGUUAAGUUUAGAAUGUAGUUUAAGAUAGAUUGUUAUUGUAGGAUUUGUUUUUGAUUUCUUUUUAUUGGUAUGUUAGUUGAAAUGAUAAUGUAUAAAUUGGUUAGCAUUGUCCUCUUGUAUAAUAUCAUAUUAUUUUGCAAGGAGAGUAACUUAACUGAGAUAACAUCAUCAAAAUGGCCUUAGCAAUUUGCAGAUCUUUAACUGAGAUAAUUGAUCAAGUUGGGUUUUUCAAUUAUCAAUCAAUGAAUUGUUUUGACUUUUAACUAGAUAACAUGGUCCCCACCAAGACUGCUCCAAUAAAACAAACUUAUCUUCUUGAGUACUGAAUGGAGAUUCAGAUUCCAUCUCCAAAAAUAUCUCAGGCAUUCAGAUUAAAAUGGUCCCACCACCAAUCAACACUAUUUUAUUUUAAAUAUCUUGAAAUGCAAGUAUAAUUGUUAGAUAGUUAAUCAAAUUAUGUAAAUCAUAUUGGUCUAUUUAGUUACAACACUCCAUUAAUGGAAACAACAGAAUUAGCAAAAAUACAUAUGUUACAUUACCUAAUAAAGAACAUAAUAAGCAAUAUGUAAGUGUAACUAAGCAGCCCUUGCAAGAGUUUCUAGGCGUUCAGGCACAUCUGCUGGGUCAAUACAGAAACCCCUUCUACUGAAAGAUCUUGGAACAGUAACUGUCAAAACUCCAUCUUCAUAUCCAGCUGAUAUUCCAUCAAUAUCUACUCUACCAGGAAGCCUAAACUUCCUCAUGAAGGUUCUUGCAGGUUCUGUUGACUCAUUAAUGGCCUCAGUUCGAAUUAUGAGGUAUCUUGAGUCCUCAACUUCCACUUUUAUCUCCUCUUUUCUUACACCUGCCCACAAUCAAACACAUAUUAGAAAAAGCAUAUAUCACUCUUAAGGAAAGAAGAAGAAAAGGAUAAUUACCAGGGAGGUCUGCUGAAUAAAUGUGAGAGUCUGGAGUUUCUGACCAGUUAACAUGGUUUUCUGGGACAAAGUUGUAUGGAAAAAGAUACUGGUUUGAAGAAGUUGUUGCAGAGUAUAUCACUGGAAGCUCCAUUGCUUGAUUGAGCAAUAUUGAUGAUGAUGAUUGAUUUGUGGUUGAAGAGGAGGCAGUUGGAUGGGCUUUUAUAGGCCCAACAAGUUGUCAAGUUGGUUGUGGGCCCUUAAGUUGAGGUUUAUGAGUGAGAUUGAUUACCAUUAUUAUCAUUUGAAAAAAGGAAAUUAGAUAUCUACGCUUUUGAUGUAAGUUGGAAAAAGGAAAAAAAAAUCAAUAUUUUAUAACAAGACAGAAAAUGCUUGACGUCUGGGAAAAGUAUGCAGAUUUUCUUGAGGUAUAGGUGCCUUUCACCAUCACAAAUGAGACUAAAUUUUACUUGGUCAGUAUAAGUUUGUGUUUUUACUGAUGAUACUUAUCUUUUUAGAACAAUUUCACUUUCAGAAAUUGGGAAUGCCAGAUCAGGUUUAUUAUUCAGGAGAUGGGAGAACUUAAUAGAAAGUUUAAUUAGGAUUUUUGUUCCCUGAACUUUGACAUGUACCAAAUCAUGUUCCCUGAACUUUUAAGAUCGUUGAAAAUGCCCCUUGAGCUAUUUAGAUUGUUGGAUUUAAGGAUUUUUUUCUAAUUUUAGUAAAAAAAUCUAACAUGGAUUAAAGUCCAGAGGCCAUGAUUUAGUAUAUGUCAAAGUUUGAGGGUCAUAAUUUGAUAGAUAUCAAAGUCUGGGGAGCAUGAUUUAGUAUAUAAACAAUCACUGAAGAAGUAAAAUUGAAUGAAAUUAGACAAAAGUUCUUAAAUCUAACAAUCUCAAUAGUUCAUGGGACAUUUUUAACGACCUUAAAAGUUCAAGAGGCAUGAUUUGGUACAUGUCAAAGUUUAAGGAAAAAAAUCCUAAUUAGCAAAUGAACUCGUUAUGACCUUGUAAUCAUUAUUAUAAGCAUCAUUGGACAAAAAUGAAUUAGGAAAGGGUAAUUCCAUUUCAAUGAACAGAAAACAAAAAAUACACACUAAAGAUUACUUUAUGUUGAAAUUCACUGAGAUCAAUCAAAUUUCACCACUUUAAAACUCCACAAUUUAAAGGAGGUUUCCUCCUAAUACACAUCUCACAAGAUUCACCCUCACUCACUCUGUUACCUAUGGUGGAAAAGGUGAUGCAAGAGGGAUUCUCUUCAACUUCAAACUCAACCCAAAGGGGCCAAAAGGGCAAUUUGAAUAGCAACAACACUUCCCCCCACAUGACCUUUUGAUUCUCCAUGAAACUCUUUGGUCACAAGUUGCACCCUUCUACAAGCUGCCACUCAAGCAAUUCAACAUCAUCAACAAAAGCAUCCUCCUUAUGUGGUUCUGCAUAUUUGGUUGGAGUUGAGCUUGCCGUAGAGCUAGUCUUGUCUUCAUAAGCCUGACCGGGCGGGUAAGAGAUCGUCGUUGCAACCAGGUCAUUGCCACCUUUAGCCAUUUCUUGAGACCAUUGAACAUCAACUGUCUCAAUAAAUGGUUCAAAGUUCAUUAGCCUUGACCACUUUGGUCCACUAUCUUUAUCAACCUGAAGCAAAGGAUGAACCAAAGUCAUGCCUUUCAUGACAGCAUACACAAACCUAAGCUCCUCAAGAGUUAAAGUCCUAAACUGUAGAGACCCAGAUGUUGUGCAACAACAGACAACAUCAAUUACAGGAUAUCGAUUAGUCCCUGAUUCUUCUAAUGACAAUGUUUUAAUCAUCUUGAGAUUUGAAGGGAACAUCAAUGACUCAGGUUCAUAUCUUACCCUCAAAAUCUCUACAUUAGGAACUCUAAUAGUUUCUCUUCUACCAGUCACUUUCCUAGCAUCAUUUACAGAUCUAAACAUGUGAAAACCAACAUCCCCACCAUCUCCUCCAAUGAAUUGUAGACAUGGAAAAGGUUGUUUCUUCCCAGACCAAUCUGAAUCCUUCCCAACCAUGACCCCAAAAAGAUGUACUGGACGCAACCUUUUCCAUGGAUCAGUCCUAUAAAGAGCUGUGGAUGCUUUAAACACUGAUUUAAUAUAAUUAGGAGUAAUGCCUUCAACUUUCAUGAGACAUGUCCCAAAUCCAGGACCAAGUCCUGGACCUGAACCAAAUUGGUCUUGAAAUCUAUCAAACAAGUUCUUCAAAUAAAAAUCCAUCUAAUCUAAGCUAUUUUACCAGAUCUGAUCUAAUCAAUUCCUUGACAAUACCCAAAACCCAGAUGAAAUAUCACACUAUAUACAUAAUCUGAACUGUAAACAGAACAACAAAGUCCCACAAACGUUAGAGUAAGUGGAUUUUUCUAAAGAAGAAAGAUUGAUUAAUGUGGCAUACCAGGUUUGGAGAGCAAUUUUGGUUGUUCCAUUACAGACACGGAGAGAUAAAGAGGAAGACUGAGAGACCAGACAGAGUGACACUCUAAGCAAAGGAAUGUUGUUGGACUAUCUAAGUCUAU